AUGAAGGUAAAGAAAAAAGGUGCAAUGUACUCAUCCAUGUCUUUAACCUCUAGAGAUCCUCACACAGUGUUAAAGCUCCUUCCUUUGACCAUACUAGCCUUAGCCUCGGCCCUUCCUGUCCAAGACCAAGAAGUCGUAGCUUACAUGAUAACAAGGUCCAUUGCCACUCCUAAAAAUCCAUCUUCGCAGAAGAAUAAAUGCAAGAAAAAGCCCUGUCAAAAGAUCCCUCUUUUUGAAUGUGGGUGUUUCGAUUGUUAUACUAGCUUUUGGUACAGAUGGGAUUCCUCUCCAAACAGAGACAUCAUUCACCAAGUCAUUGAAGCUUUUGAAGACCAUUUGGUGCAUAAAGAGUCUCCAAAGAAACAAAAUAAAGGUAAAAAGAAAGAUAAGCUACUCAUGGAUCGGUUUGUGCCUAAGAUAUCAUUUACUUUACCAGAGAAAGAGCUUGGAAACACAGAGGUAUCGAUGCCAGAGACAAAGAGCAAAUAUGCAGAGGAAGAUAAUAAAGAGUAUUGUGUAGAAGAAGAAGAGAAUAUAGAGAUGAAGGUGGUGACCGUACAAGUAGUACAGGCUCCAGAAAGUAUCCGCAAGGGUUUGGCCAGGAAAGUUUUACCGGAUGUUGUGGGUUUACUGAACUCUCGUCUUUGGAGUUUUUUUACUAGUGCCAGUAUCUAG